GUUUGUUUACUUUUAUUCGGUUACAGUUGGGUGUUUGUUUUUGUUUGUAUUUUGGGAGUGUAUGUUGUUUUAUUUGGUUUUCUUGGCUUGUGGGGGUUGCUGUAUGGGUUUUUGUUUUUUGAGGAAGAACUUAAAGUCGGGUGGGAAGGGAUGAGGAAAGGAUGAGGGAAGGACUUGGGAGAAAGGAAGAAUAUGAUCAGAAUUUAUUAACAUUUAAAAUUGUUUUAAAUAUUAAAAAAAUUUUAAAAUAAGAAAAAGUGUUGUUAUCUCAGAUGCCAACGGGUCAUGGACUGACUUUUGAAGCAUUCUGUUGGAGGCUCCCUAGAUGUUAACCUCUACUUUUAGGAACACUUCAUUCCAGGCAUCUCGAUUGCCCUUCCAAGCUAUAAUCACCAGAACAAAAGAAAUAACAACCUUUAGGAGCUGUAUCAAAUGUUCCUGAGCCCAAAGCAGACAUGGAAAGAUUACUAGGUGAUGGAGAAAAAAAGUCAAAAUUACAGUCCAGCUCGCUCUCCUUUCAGUCCUGGGAUAAAUCAUUUUUUCUUUCAAUGUUACAAAAUGUAACAAAAAAUAGAUGCUGUGAGUGCCAGCAAUAUGGGUACCGUGGUCAGAACACGGGGCUUACUACAGCCAACUGCUAUUUAGUACCAACACCAGGGGAAUUGGGAUUGCCUCCUGGAGGUGUUAGUUCCAUAAGUGAAGAAUUUAGGAAUAGUUCAAAUAGAAGGAUAAGGACAAUUUUAUUAGUUUAAAAGAAAAACACGCCAAACAUCUGAGGGCAGGUAAACUGUAGGCAGCUGCCCAGAGGAAGAGAAUGGGAGGGGUGCUGUUUAAGUGGGCAUGAAGGUCAGACACUGAGUGGACAAGCAGCGAUCAUGAAAGAGAAGGAAGCAUUAGAGAAAGAGUAAGGAAACACAGAAUGCUGGCAGAAGCCUGAAGUGUUAAGCAUGCUUAGAGCAUAGGCAGCAAGAAAGGUAAGCUAUGGUUUUUUAGCUUGGUUGUUGUAUUUAGUUUUUGUUGUUUAGUUUCAUUUUUAGUUUUUGUUUUAGAUAAUUCAGAAAAGCAGGAAGACUUGGAACCAGCAUGACAAUGCUAGAGGGUGGGAAUCAGAGAAGGAAAGUACAGUAUUUCAUAAAGGACUAAUUAGUGCACUUAUCUCUUUAGUGUUGCUUAAUGUAAGCCUACCUUCCUAAGGGUAGCCCUUGGGCCAGCUGAUUGACCCAGACCAAGAGAAAUGCCAGGUCUCCACUCAGGACGCAGAUUUUAUUCUUUUGACCAGAAAGAGAUUUUUCUUAAAGAACAUUUAUUGGUACCCUGACAGUGUCAGGCUUAUUUGAGAGAUUUCCACAAUGAUCAUAUUUUGGUAAAUUUUAGAGAACAAUUUGCAGAAAAUAGUUGACUCAGUGCUACAGUUAGAAUUGUCAAAUUAUGAGACAUGGCUUAACCGGGCUUCUUUAAAGAUGCUUGUCAGGAGGUCAGGUGGGUGAAAAGGCACUUUGCGCUAUCUUGAAUUAUUAGAUUUAUAUAGUGUUCCAGACACUGUUAUCUCAUUUAAUCCCACUAAGAGGAGCUAUGGCCUCUUAAAAAGUAAGCGGAGCACUUGCCCCAAAUGGUGGCAUUGCAAUGAAAUUUAGACAGAUCUGUGGACUCAAGUAAAGUUUACUUAGCACUGAGGAACUCAGUCAAAUAAGGCCUGCUUUCAUGUUCCACCGUAAAUGAUGUGUAGAAAAGAUGGGCACGCUACGUUGAGAACAAAGUGCACCUUAGACUCUUCAUGGUUUUCGAGGUAACAAGAGAAUUCUAUAGCUGAACACAUGACCCAAGUCCUCCCCACUCCGGAAUCAGUAGAAGUUCCGGGAGACUGCGGUUGCCCUUUGCACAAGAGAACAAAGAUGCCAGCACUAGUUUCGGGAAUUUAUGCCCUGAGGACCUAGGCCUAAGAGGCUCAUCUUCAUUCCCACCUCCGCCUCACCAGGGCCACCAUCAGCCCCCAAUUCCUGUCCCCAGUUCCGACCUUAUUCCCUUCAGCAUCUCCAUCCGGCCCUUUAGGCGCCAGGGAUGCGGGGCGACCCGGACUCCCGGCUACCCACAGGAAGCGGUGGCAGGGUGUAACAGAAGAGGAAGUACGUGUAACGGAGGCCAGUGGUUGGGCGUUGCAGGAGUUGGUGUCUCACUCUGAAGUUCCCCGGCGUCCGGACAGCUGAGCGGCUAACGAAAGUCGGAAACUUUUCUCAGGCCCAGCCAGGUAACCAUUCCAUGGUCUGAAUGGGGAACGAAAUCUCCUGAAAUCUCAGAACAGAACGCUCUUUCUUCAACAUGGGGGACAAGAGACAGCGAGCCCGAGUGCAGGGAGCCUGGGCCACACCUACCAAGAGCCAGUCUGCUGCUCGGCCAGCUACUCCUGCUAGAAGCCGUCCUUCCCAGACACCAGGGCCAAGCUGGAGGAGCAAGGAACAGCAGCAAUGUGACCGACGGUUUGUGUUCAAAGAACCGCAGCUGGUUGUACGUGCAGCCCCAGAGCCCAGAGUGAUUGACAGGGAGGGUGUGUACGAAAUCAGCCUGUCCCCUACAGGUGUGUCUAGGGUGUGUUUAUAUCCUGGCUUUGUGGACUUGAAGGAAGCUGACUGGAUCUUGGAGCGGCUUUGUCAAGAUGUCCCCUGGAAACAGAGGAUGGGCAUCAGAGAGGAUAUAACUUAUCCGCAACCAAGACUUACAGCAUGGUAUGGAGAGCUUCCUUACACUUACUCAAGAGUCACUAUGGAACCAAAUCCUCACUGGCUUCCUGUGCUGUGGACUCUGAAGAGCCGCAUUGAGGAGAACACUGGCCACACCUUCAACUCCUUGCUGUGUAAUUUUUACCGGGACGAGAAGGACAGUGUGGACUGGCACAGCGAUGAUGAGCCAUCCCUGGGGAGCUGCCCUGUCAUUGCUUCACUCAGUUUUGGUGCCACUCGGACUUUUGAGAUGAGGAAGAAACCCCCACCUGUCCUGUGGAUUCAUUAACAUUGACAGAAAGAACAGACAGCUCUUACCCUAUGCAAGGCAUCUAUUGAAGAAAGCACUUAAGUGGUUGCAACUGUGAUUCAUGCUGUGACUGAAGAGUUACAGAAGGGUGACUUGGAGUAGUGGGAGCAAGAAGGGAGAUUUCAGAAACUCGGAAGGAUGUCCCUGAAGUGGCUGUCACUUCCUGCGCACCUGUGUGGCACCACUGUUCUGGGAGGGAGCAUCAUGAGGAUCCUCGUCCCCUUCUUAGUUGUCUACUGAAGGUGUGUGAGGUGUGUGAGUCUGUCACUUCUUGAGAGAGAGGGAGCUCAAACCAGACCAUAAGGCAAAAGUGUGCUUAAAUUGAGGUUGGGCGAUAGCGACUAAACUGACUUGAAUUUCAGUUUUUCACCCUGGCUCUCAUUUAGAUUACAUUUGGAUUUGUCUCCCAAGUCCAGCCCUAAUGUUUUGAAUCAAAAGUGAACCUUAGAACAAAGAUAGAAAGCUGGAAGAAAUUCCAAGAGAGGAAACUCAGUAAGUCAUCCUGAUUUCAGAGUUCCUGGUUAUUCAGCUCAUGUCAUUAAACCAGGCCCCAACAGUAUGGAAGGCCAGCAGGCUGUGCUUGAUUAUGACCUAAUUCAGGCCUCCUACCUGUCUCCUUUGCAUCAGGUACUUGCAUAAGAACACAGCUGACAGGACGGGCAGGCUGCUUUCCUGCAGUGCCACUGGGUCUCCAUGCCUGUUGCUUUACAGCAUUGACUUAUUUGGCACAUAUGACACCAAGCUCCAUUUCUUGAAGUAAUUUCCAUUUUUAAAAGUUUGCUCUGGAGUUAGAGAAAGGACUGGAAGAGCUUGAAGGGGCUUGUGACCCCAUAAGAACAACAAUGCCAACCAACCAGAGCUUGCAGGGACUAAGCCACUACCCAAAGACUAUACAUGGACUGACCCUGGACUCUGACCUCAUAGGUAGCAAUGAAUAUCCUAGUAAGAGCACCAGUGGAAGGGGAAGCCCUUGGUCCUGCCAAGGCUGGACCCCCAGUGAAUGGGAUUGUUGUGGGGAGGGUGGUAAUGGGGGGAAGAUGGGGAGGGGAACACCAAUGUAGAAGGGGAGGGGGAGGGGUUAGGGGACUGAUGGACAGGAAACCAGGAAAGGGAAUAACAUUUGAAAUGUAAAUAGGGGCUGGGGAUUUAGCUCAGUGGCUUACUUAGGAAGCGCAAGGCCCUGGGUUGGGUCCCCAGCUCCGGGGGAAAAAAAGAACCAAAAAAAAAAAAAAAAAAAAAAAAAAAGAAA